AUGUGUCUUUUAUGGCCACGAAACCUUAAAACCAUUCCUGAGGAACAACAAAACAAACAGCAAAGAGAAGAUGACGAGAUUAACACCAAUAACACCAAACGUUUUAAAGAAGCAGCAACAGCACUCAACAUUAACAACAACAACAGCAGCAGCAACGAAACAACGAAUACAAGAGACGACAUAGCAGAACUUAAAACUGGAAUGGUCGACUUAAAGAGCAGCUUACAGCUAAUUGCAGCAAGCAUCUCAUCGCUAAGCAUUGAUCUGAAGUCACAUAUGGAUUCAGCAUUAGUGGAGAUGAAUAAAAAUGUAGCGACCAUAGCAGCACAAGUGGUCGAAUUGCAGAAGAAGGAUAAAGAAAAGUCUGAGCAAAUAGAUGAACUCAACAAGCGCAUACAGAGAUUAGAGCAACAAGCGAUAGAUAAAAAUAUAGAGAUAAAUAAUGUGGAAGACAUGGAUAUCGAAGCCGAAGUAUUAGUUAAGAGAAUUACUGAUUCCCUUGGUGUAGAUGUGAGUAGAGAUCAUAUUAGCCAUACCUAUAAAAUAAAAAGAAAGAAGAAAAUAAUUGUGGAAUUUUCAACUCUCAAUAAGAAAAAAGAGUUAAUGGGAAAGCUUAAGAGCCAUCGCGUAAAGGCAAAUGUGGCGAAAGGCGAACCAGAAAAUGAGAGCGGUGGUUAUGUUUAUAUUAAUGAUGAGCUGACUAUGCACAAUAGGCGCCUUUUGUGGGCUGCAAAGAUGAAGGCAAAAGAAAAUGGUUGGAAGUUUGUAUGGGUGCGAAAUGGUGUUAUUUAUGCGAGGAAAAACGAAAGCUCAUCUUUUAUAAUUUUAUAUAAUGCAUCAGACUUGGAAUCGAUUACCAACUGA